ACACCAUUAAGAGGAACAGAACACCACCAUACAGCAUGUUCCUUCUCCGAGUUAAUCAUUUGAAUGUUUAGAACCCGUAUUUUGUGCGACUCUUUCACGUUGGUCAUUGAGAUGCGAUGCGCUCUUCAUUGAGGAGCUGCGGACUGGCUCGAGCGCGUUAUUAUUAAUCAGCUUUCAUAAGGCGCGCGAGCUGGGCGCUUGUGUUAGACAGGUGUUUCGUUGGUGUUUCGACCACCUGCUCUGGUUCCAUGAUGUUAGGGCAGUCUCCACACCUUAUCGGGGGAAUCCUCUGGAUUCAAAACCCAAUGCGAGCUGUUCACUGCAAUCUGACCCAGAAUGGGAUUGACCAUCAGGUGUGUGCAGAGGAUGUGACUUCACACCUGGAGGAAGUGUCUGUUGAUCAUGGACUGGAUGAUGACAGCCAAGGCUUUCAGGACCAGAGUCCUGGUUUCCAGCGACGAUCUCCACCUCAGCGCUCCGUCUCAGAAUCUGAGCUCUCCAGGCCGGGAACUGUGAAGCUGUCCAAACCAGUGGCGCUGUGGAGCCAGCAGGACGUGUGUAAAUGGCUGAAGAAACACUGUCCCAAUCAACACCAAGUCUACAGUGACUCCUUCAAGCAGCACGACAUCACAGGUCGAGCUCUGAUGAGGCUCACUGACAGGAAGUUGGAGCGUAUGGGCAUCAUGCAGGAGAGUCAGAGACAGUACAUACUACAGCAGGUCCUCCAGCUCCGCGUCAGAGAAGAGGUCCGUACUCUGCAGCUGCUCACGCAAGCCUCUCUGGAGAGUUCACCGUAACUUGAGCAUUCCUGGAGAUCCUCUGUUCCUUGUCCAUCUUCUCAGACGUCCACAGCACACACCAGACUCUGCGGUCUUCCUUCAGUCCAGUUCUCUUAAAACUCUCCUAAAGCAGAUCUAGACCCUCCCUCUGACAGUCCUAAAAAUGGAUUCAACUGAUCUUCAGUAGCUCUUUACAGCAUAUCAGAUCCAAACUCGAAAAAUCGCCUGGACUACUGAUGUUCUCUUUUGGACAAUGUGAAAGACCUGCUGCUGAAUUAUCUUGUUUGUUGUAUGUAAUCCUUUCUUCCUGGCAGUGCUCAGCACACAGCCUGUUAGCAAAUCAGACUAGCAUGAUGUUCUAUGACAUGCCCUGGACUUCCUGGACCAGUACGGAAGAACAGUAUCUAUCUAUCUGUCUGUCUGUCUAGAUAGCUGUCUGGCUAACUAGCUAUCUAUAGCUAAUUUGUCUAUCUGUCUAUUUAGCUAGCUAGCUAGCUAAUGAGCUAUCUGUAUAUCUAACUUGUUUAUCUAGCUAUCUGUAAUUGAAAUUUACAUUUAUAGCUAGCUAUGUAGCUUAUUAGCUAUCUAGAUAGGUAAUCAAGCUGUCUAGCUGGCUUUCUAGCUAUCUCUUCACCUGUUAAUAUUCUAACGAAAUAGCAACAUGUGGACUCCACCCUUUGCAUUUCUGAAUAUUGCUCGUCUCUUCCUCUCUCUUUUGUCUGCAGUCUCUUAGUAUAAUGUAAACUGUCUGGUCGGCUUGCUUGGUUAGUUGUCUCUUUGUCUUUCUGUCCCCAAGCUUGAAUUCCCUCGCCGUCCAUCAAAAGCAAGAUCCUGCAAUUACGUAUCCCGUAGACUGAACUGCACUGUGACUGUGACCAGGUCUCUUAAAAGACAAGCCCACCCUUCUACAGGGAGCUGCGUUCCACCCCAAAUCCUUCUUUCAUCACUGGACCAA